AUGGGGUGGUUGACAACUUGUUUCUCUUCUCCUUCCUUUUCGGUUGCACUAAAUGGAGAGCUAGUUGGGUACUUCCAAGGCAAGAAGGGUCUAAGACAAGGAGAUUCUAUCUCUGCACCCUUGUUCACUCUAGUCAUGGACAUCUUAUCAAAGAAGCUGGAUAUUGCUGCUGUUCAAAACAGUUUCAAGCCUCAUCCUCUCUGUGUUGAUCCUCUCAUUACACAUCUCAGCUUCGCAGAUGACCUUCUAGUCUUCUUCGAUGGCACAAAAUCCUCCCUGGCUGCAAUUCUUGAUGUACUAGAGAAUUUUAAGGUAAUAUCUGGACUAGGAGUCAAUCUCGCUAAAUCAUGUCUGUUCCUCGAUGGAAAUGACAUCAGUGGAAUAGCUUCUCGGCAAGGAUUAUCACAUGGAGCCUUACCUGUACGUUACUUGGGAGUUCCACUGAUUACUCAAAAGCUCUCUCCGACUGAUUAUCAACCGCUUAUUGAUAAAGUCAAAGGUAGAAUUUCUGGCUGGACUCAUAGGCAUCUCUCGUUUGCAGUUCCUUUUUGUGGAAGGGAGUGUCAGAUUCAGCUCGAGGAGCCAAGGUCUCUUGGGAGAUAG